UAGUGGGCGGUGCCCUCGAGUGGAAGGCGGCUGCCGUAGUUUCUUCAACAGAGAAGAUGGCGUUUCUCCGGGCUUGGGCUCUUGUUUUCGGUGUGCUAUGGCCGUGGUUUCAUGUGGCUUUAGCUUCAUUUGGAUUCCUCAACCUGGAGGAGUUGUCGGAAAUGAAGUACGGCAUCGAAAUCCUGUCGGAACCAGUUAUUAGAGGACAGAGCAAGUCUGACAACAUAGUGACAGUAUCCUCAAAAUACAAACAAAAUUAUGAGUGCAAACUCCCUGCUGUGGCAGUGAAGUUCCACCAGGACAGGGAGGAAGAACAAUCGUAUUCUGGACUUGGGAUAUCAGACCUUCUGCGACCAAUGGAGGCAGCUCCAUGCCUUAUAAAGACUAAAGACUGGUGGACCUAUGAAUUCUGUUAUGGAAAACACCUUCAGCAGUAUCAUAUUGAAGAGUCUGAGGUAAAAGGGGAUGUCUUAUUCCUUGGAUACUAUCAGUCUGAAUUUAACUGGAAUGAUGAAUCGGCUAAGGCCUCCAAACAUCACAGGCUAAAGCGUUACCAUAGCCAAAUGUAUGUGAAUGGGUCAAAGUGUGAUCUUAAUGGAAAGUCCAGGGAAACGGAAGUCAGGUUUAUGUGUGAAGAGGGCAAUGGAGAUUAUAUAGCCCGUGUGGAUGAACCUCAAUCUUGCUCAUAUGUUCUGACCGUACACACCACUCGCAUAUGCCACCAUCCCUUCUUGCGCCCCCCUUCCACGGGUACUCCACAGUCCAUAAAGUGCCACCCUGCACUCAGUCCAGAGCAGUAUGUUGAAUAUGUGAAAGCACAAGUCUCUGACACAAAGCGUAUAGUGGAGGAAUUAUCAGAAGAGCUGAAAACUUUAAACCUAAAAACUUUGGGGUCCAAGCCUUCGCCAGCUGCCCAUGAAGCUUUGCGCAGAAAUGAGAUAGAGGUACCAUCACAGCCUGACCAUUCUGAGCAACCUGACCAUUCUGAGCAACAAAGUCAAGAAGCUGGUUCCCAAGAAUUAAUGAAACAGGAGAAUCUUGAAGAGAAAGACGAUGUAGGACAUGAAGAGGAAGAAACAGAGACAGAUUUUUGGAAUAAGGUGCUGAGGCCAGAGGACAGAGAAACGGAUGCAGCAACUGAUUCGGGGGAGGAACUGCCUUUCAAUCAGGAGACGACUGCGGAAAGCCAAGGUAUGCAUAAGGGACUUCGUUAUAAAAUUAUAAGGAACCCGGAAGACCUGGUGAAUUUCAUUGCAGAUCUGAAAAAGAAAAAGAAGAAAGAAGAAAAGGUUGAUGCAGAACAAAGGGAUUUGCAGAGCUCUCACAGUGAAGAUGACUUGGGUAGUAAACCUGAAACACAAAUAGAAGAUGAAAAAGAUGAACAGGCACUUUUGCAAGAAUUUGAGAAAGAGCUAGAGAGCAUCCUAUUGCCCAAGUCUGAGAUGUCCGAGAUAAAGGACAACGUGAAAACUGAAGUGGAGAAAGAGUUUGAUAAUAUUAUUGAUGAGGCCCAAGAGGAACUUGAAAAUGAAGGUCUGAAAGGAGAAUUUGACAGAAAACAAGCAUCUAAGUCAUUAGCUACCACCCUAAACAAAUUAAUAGACAAACUGGAGAAUACUGCAGAUGACAAGGGAGAGGGAGCAGAACCUUUGGAAAGUGAUGAAGGCGUGACUACAAGCACUCCUGAACCCACUGGUAAAGAACCCUCUGAUGGUCGUGUUAAAGUCAGGGUCACUAAGAUCCAUCGGGGAAGCUUUGAGCAAAAAGAAAGAAAGGUGAGAGAGAUGAGCAACGAGAACCCCCAGCUAAGACACAUUGAGAAUGUUGUUAAGGACCUGCUUGAGAAAGAAGGACUGAAGGCAGAAGGUAAAAUAGAAAUUAAGAUUCUUACGACUGGAGACUUUAGUGAUGAAGAAUCCUUUUCAGAAGAGGACACCAAGAACCUGCAAGAUAUUAUUUUCAACAUACUGGUUCAGGGAACAGAAGAGGUUCACAAAGAAAGGAAGCGGCAACAACAGCUAGAGGACAACUAUCGAUUUGUCUGGAACCAAAAUCAAGAAGACUCCAAAAAUACAAGGACUGGUGCAGACACGGAUGAAGUUGAUUUUUAACCUACGCUGGCUGGAUAUCUCCCAAUAAACACUUGAAUGAACAAUACAAUAAACAUGAGCUUUGUAUCAAAUUUUUAGACAAAUAAACAUAAUUGGAUUAUGGCAAUAGUAACACAA